UGCGAGACGACAGUUGAUAGUUUUUCGCCUUCGCAUUUAUCCAGUUCCAUGUUUGUAGGUCCCGUCCCAUACAAGAAAAUUUGUUAUUUAAAAAUUUAAACAAGACAAAAUUGAAAAGCCGGCAUCAUGUCGGAAGGCGACCAUAUCCACUUGAUCCCCAGCCCUUUGAUUACAAGAAGAACUCGAACAGCAUCCACCUGUGAAAAAAUAAUAAAAUCGAAGACCUUCUAUGGCACGAUAAAGUUGUUUUGCAGAGAAAAAGGUCAUGGUUUUAUUGUACCAGAGGAUGGCGGCGUAGACAUAUUUGUCCACAUCUCCGACAUCGAAGAUGAAUACAUCCCAAUUCCUGGUGACAGAGUAAAAUACCAAUUAUGUCCAGUGCCUCCUAAGUUAGAGAAAUUCCAAGCUGUCCAUGUCCAUAUUGUUGAUCUUAAACUGGGGCUACACAAAAAAUGGGAACAACCUUAUUGAGUAAUUUCCUAAUUAAGUUCAGCAAGCCAAAAUACACUCCUUUGAAAAUCUUACUUGUAUCUCAUACUUUUAUUUUCCAUUGUAAUAUAUCGGGUCUUCAAAAAAAAAACCAAUCGAAGAUUGCUUUGAUUCCGAAAAUGUACGUCGAAUUAUUGUUUGUUUAUUGGUCAGGAUUUUUGACAUGACAUUUUGACAUUAAAGUUCAUUGACAAAAUUGAAGGAGAAUAUUGCUAAGACAUACGUUUAAAACCAUAGCAAUCUUUGAUUGGUUUUUUUUUUGAAGACCCGAUAUCACAAUAGCCAACACCUCAUGUAAAAAAGUGUAUUUUGGACCCUUCUUGAUUAAGAGAAUUUACUUUUAUUGUUUCAGAUUUUAAAAAAAAAUAGUAUUGUUAGUUGAAUUAGUAUAGUGUGCAUAAGGCAGUCUGGACUAUUUAUUACAGGUAGUUUCUUUGUCAACAGGCUCUAUAUCUGUCUUUGCUAAAAGUAGGAUAGUUUAAUGUAGAAGAAAAAAUACAGUGAGAAAUGUCAGUAUGAAGAUGUUAGAAUUGUUCUUAUGAUGCCAUAAGUAAUAUUUUUUUGAGUUGCAUUUAUUUUCAAUUGUGGAUUUUUUGCCCAUUGUAUAUUUCUUGUAUUUUUAUUAUUGUAAAAAAAAAGUUUGUAUGUUUAUAUAGAAAGGAAAUGUCUUUAAAUUUUACUCUUUGAAUUUCAAAUCAUGGAUAUUCUGCCAUAAUGCAGAUUGCUAUAAUCAAAAUUAGGUGUAUUAAAUUGAAAAAAUAAACUUCUAUUCAACGUUUCAACAACUACAGUAAAACAAGAGAACAUCAUUAAUGAUAUGUAAGGGAAAGUAAUAAAAAAGCAUUUUUAAAAAUAAUGUAUAUUAUUUAAAAAAAGUUACAUAAGAAUGUGUAAAAUGGACGGAAUACAACAUUAAAAAUAAGCAAAUUGUUUUGUCAUGUGCGUGAAUCAUUAAAAAAUAUAAUUACUAAAAUCUUAACAUGCAAAGCUGCCUAAAAAAUUAAAAGAUACAUUUUUUUACCCAUAAGGCACCCAUUUUCAUCAAAGAUAAUGAGAUUACUAAAUUUGUUGUUCAUAAGCUCCAUGACGCCAGUUUUCAUUUUCUGGCAAAGUAGUGUGCCUGAGUUUGCACCACUUGGGUCCCCAUUUCAACAUGGCCAUAAUGGUCCCCACUACAAAAACCAAUGUGACAAAGGCUGUCAUUGGCCAAUACACGUGGAACAUUUUGUUUGCUUAAAUUUCACUCUCUCUUUUAGUUGUCAAUUCUAAAAACUCUGAAGCUUCUGGAUGUUCCUCUUCGUGGGGAUGAUGGUAGACUAUUUGGUUUUGUGAGGAUAUUUCUUGAAGUUCUGUUGAGUAAUCGAGAGCUGGUUGUUUGUGAGGAGUUGCAGUCCACAGAGAGAUUAUCCAACGAUUUCCUACAUGAAAGAUAAUGAAUUCAAAUCCAGAGUAUUAUUAUUAAUUAAAAAUAAUAAAACAUACCAGUAUGCCUAUCUUUCCAAUACUCAGAAUAGUUAGAGCAACACCCAAGAAAUAUAUUCAAAAUAAACAAAGACAAUCCAAUAAUAGUACAGAUUGUAAUGGCAACGUAAAAGUGGGAAAAAUCCCCAACGUUUUCGUGUUUUGGAAUAUAUUCGCUAAGGUCAGCCUGUGGAUACUGUGGGGGCUGAUUGUAUUGAUUUUGGUAAAAAUUGUCAUACGUUGAAGGAGGUCCUGGCUGGAAUUGACCUUGCUGGUUAAAUUGGUUUGGAUACGGGUUGUAACCUGAAGACAUUUCAAUUGCGGCUGGGCAUAGAAAAAAAACUGAAAAU